UUUGACUCUCUCACACUCUCAUUCGAAACUCAAGCUCAAACUGAAAGAUUAAUAAAGUCAGAAGCUCCCAACCCGAUUCGCUUCAUCACAACAUAACCGCCGCAAUGCAACAGUCGACCAUCCCGAUGUUCUCCGGCCAACCGCUGCCGGCUCGACUUGCCCAGGACCAGUACGAUGAGCUCUCAGUCAUCUUCUCCGCUUGCACGGACACUGCUCGGCUGCAAGAAUACUACUUCCCCCCGCUCCAGAGUGUCCCGGCGGCAGUGACGGUGCCAUCCUUGAUAUGUGAGUCGUGCAGGAUCGAGGGCUGCCUCGGGUGCGAGUUCUUCCCCCAGCAUAUUCCGGCUGCAGAGGCGGAGGAGGAGGGGACGGGGUCGAAGAAGAGGAAGAGGAGACAGAGGAAGAACCAGUACAGGGGAGUGAGGCAGAGGCCCUGGGGGAAGUGGGCAGCCGAGAUACGCGACCCCAGGAGGGCCGUCAGGGUCUGGCUUGGGACUUUCGUCACUGCCGAGGAGGCGGCCCGUGCGUACGACAAGGCAGCCAUUGAGUUCCGCGGGGCACGCGCGAAGCUCAACUUCCCCAACACAGAGUACUACUCGCUCAAGCCGAGGUCGGACGUCGACGAGACGAGGAGCUCGUCUGCUGGAGAAGAUAACGGGGUGGAAGUAUCGAAACCCGUGAGCUCCGGAGAAGAUAACGGGGUGGAAGUGUUGAAACCCACGAAUAUGAUGGAGAAAUCAGGAGCAGGAUUGGGUGAGCAGGGCGUGGGGGACUUCUGGGGGAUAUUUGGUGGUGGUGGCGAUGACGAUGGUGAUCAGGAACUGAAGCAGUUAAUGAUGUUACUUUGGAGUGAUUGAUUACUUAAUUUAAUUCAUUAAUCCAUCAUUUUGUCGUCGUUAAUUGUAAUUUUCUAUACAUUUAGAAGAAAACUAGGAGUUAUUGUAGUCAAGGUGUGUGAGUAGUUCUGGUCAGGUUUUUGUGGUCAGAACUAUCGAUUGAUUAAUCAAUUCAUGUGUAUUGCUCAUAAUUUUAAGUCAGUUGAGGUUCUCUGCA